ACCUCUACUUACUCAUCACCUCACCACACUUCUUUUCUUUCAUUAACCAAACUCUUUUUCUCUCUCUCUCUCUCUCUCUCCAACCAUGACAACCCACAUUGAUAACCUCUGGAUAUUUGCUCUAGCUUCCAAAUGCACACAAGAAAACAUUGUUUACUCACUUCUCAUCAUGGUUUUACUUUGGUUAACCAUUAAUUUCUUUUUCUGGUCUCACCCUGGUGGUCCUGCUUGGGGCAAGUACUAUUAUUCCAACACCUAUUCCUCCGCAAACAAAACCAACCUUAAAAAUCCCUCACCACAACCUAGUACAACCAUAACCACAACCUCAACUUCCUCAAUAUUCAUUCCUGGUCCUAAAGGCUACCCUAUAAUAGGAAACAUGAACCUCAUGUCUUCUUCACUCGCACACCACCGUAUUGCAUCAACCGCUAAAGCAUGCAAAGCUACAAGACUCAUGGCUUUUAGUAUAGGUGACACACGUGCCAUAGUCACGUGCAAUCCUGAUGUUGCCAAAGAGAUUCUCCAUAGUUCUGUUUUCGCUGAUCGUCCUAUUAAAGAAUCAGCUUAUAGUCUUAUGUUUAACCGUGCCAUAGGUUUCGCACCUUAUGGUGUUUAUUGGCGUACUCUUAGAAAAAUUUCAUCUAACCACCUUUUUUCUCCCAUGCAAAUCAAAUCAUCUGGAGAACAGCGAAGUGAGAUCGCUGUCCAGAUGAUUGAUUUAUUUCGAAACUGUUGUCUAAGUUCAGAUGGCGGUUUCAGGGUGCGUGAUGUUUUGAAAAAAGCAUCGCUUAACAAUAUGAUGUGGUCGAUUUUUGGACAAAGGUUUAAAAUUGAUGAAAGAAAUAAGAGAAUGGAGGAACUUAGUGGAUUAGUUGAACAAGGGUAUGAUUUAUUGGGUACUCUUAAUUGGGGUGAUCAUCUUCCGUUUUUGAAAGAUUUUGAUCUUCAAAAAAUCCGGUUCACUUGUUCUGAAUUAGUACCUAAAGUUAACCGGUUCGUUGGUUCAAUUAUUUCCGACCAUCGAGCCGACAAAAUACAAACCAACCGGGAUUUCGUUCAUGUCUUGCUUUCUCUUCAAGAACCCGAUAAAUUGUCUGAAUCCGACAUGAUUGCUGUCCUUUGGGAAAUGAUAUUUAGAGGGACCGACACGGUGGCAGUUUUGAUAGAGUGGAUACUAGCGAGGGUGGUGCUUCACUGUGAUGUGCAGAAAAAGAUACAAAAUGAACUUGAUAAGGUGUCGAGUGGAGAAUCACGCGAUUUUACUGAGGAGGAUGUUGCGGCGACAAUUUAUUUACCUGCAGUGAUUAAGGAGGUUCUAAGGUUGCAUCCGCCUGGCCCACUUCUUUCGUGGGCCCGUUUAGCCAUCACUGAUACGACAAUUGAUGGGUAUCACGUGCCAGCCGGGACCACAGCUAUGGUUAAUAUGUGGGCAAUAGCGAGGGACCCAGAUUUGUGGAGGGACCCACUUGAAUUUAACCCUGAGAGAUUUGUGAACGAAUAUGCUGAUUUCUCAGUUCUCGGAUCGGAUCUUAGAUUGGCUCCAUUUGGGUCGGGUAGGAGAAGCUGUCCAGGAAAGAAUUUGGGUUUAGCUACAGUUACUUUUUGGGUUGGUAAGCUCUUGCAUGAGUUUGAAUGGUUGCCGUUGGAUGACGGGAACGGUGUUGAUCUUACGGAGGUUCUGAGGCUUUCUUGUGAAAUGGCUAAUCCUCUUACGGUUCAAGUGCGCCCCAGACGUUAGAUUUUUAAGUUAAAUGUACCAACUUUUUUUUAUUUUUAUUUUUGUUUAAGGAAAAAAAGGGUGAAAACCCAAAAAAAAAAUAAAUAGGAGUUUUUUUUUUUGUAAGCUAAUAAAUAGGAGUUUUAGCAUGUGGAGGGGGCUUGGUGGCAGAAAUACAAAUGAAUUGGAGCCACUAAAUAUGAAGUCAGUGAAUGAAUGAAAGAAACUAGUCAAGCUAGAUAAAAUGAAUUUCCCCUUUCUCUUUUAUUAUAUGGGUCA